UUUUUCUCUCUCCCAUGUUGUGAUAGGAUAACUUUCCACCGUCCAGCCCGCACGUUUCUGCUCCCAUGAGCCCCUUUGCGGCAGACUUGCCUCCUUCCUCCUACCAGGGGGCAUCGUUCCAUUCUCCGCCUGACCAGACCCACAACUUCUCGAUUGACCUCAGCUUCCUGCCUGACUAUUUAAGCCCGGAUAACAAAUAUGAGGGCCGUGCAAUGGCAUUGGGAGAGCAGCACGGCUCUCAGUCAGGAUCGCAAGACAGUGGUAUCUUCCUGAAUGGUAAUGGCCUGUCCCGAGAGAGGGAUGAAAACGCAACUCAACCAUCGCCCGAUUCUUCUGGGAUGCCCGAUGCCUCUGGGACCUGUCUUCCCAUGAACCUGAUGACCCCCAUGGCCUCUGCUUCAGAAGGUUCUUCUGGCAUCGUCCCACAGUUGCAGAAUAUAGUGGCCACUGUAAACUUGGCUUGUAAACUGGACCUCAAGAACAUCGCCCUUCAAGCUAGGAAUGCAGAAUUCAACCCAAAGAGGUUUGCUGCUGUGAUCAUGCGAAUUCGAGAACCCAGGACAACAGCCCUCAUAUUUAGUUCCGGCAAAAUGGUCUGCACAGGAGCGAAAAGUGAAGAACAGUCGCGGCUGGCGGCCAGGAAGUACGCCCGUGUGGUGCAGAAGCUUGGGUUCCCUGCUAAGUUCCUGGAUUUCAAAAUACAGAACAUGGUGGGCAGCUGCGAUGUGAGAUUUCCCAUCCGGCUCGAAGGCCUGGUUCUCACGCAUCAGCAGUUCAGUAGCUAUGAACCAGAACUGUUUCCUGGCCUCAUUUAUCGAAUGGUCAAACCACGGAUUGUAUUGCUUAUCUUUGUGUCUGGAAAAGUUGUAUUAACUGGUGCCAAAUACCGUUCUGAAAUAUAUGAAGCAUUUGAAAACAUCUAUCCAAUCCUCAAGGGCUUUAAGAAAGCUUCUUAAUUUUCUUCUGAUAAAUUGUAUAGUUUAGGUGAGUUUUAGCAUCAAGUACAAAAUUCUCAAACACACAAAUUGACUGUUGAGUCAAUACCUCUAAUCCUCUGUUAGUUUGACGCUGUCAGUCUGUUUCAUCGUAUUCUUCUUCUUGUGAAUUCCUUACAGAAAAAAGGGCUUUGAAUUUUGAACAGUGUGAAAUGUGAUAAAAGAGAUAUGAAAUACAAAAACUAGUUCUGUAAGAAUGCUUUAGGGAACGGGUUAGCGUCUUGGAAUACUGUUGAAAUCGAAAUGUUCCCCGUUUUUUAAAUGUAUUUUUGUCUAAAGUAAAGAUAAAUCACACUAUUAAA